GGCGGUGACGUUCUUCUCAUAUUAUACGGCGUGAAUCAGAGAUGAUGUUCUCCGUGUAUGUAUUAACCAUUUUCUGCUGUGAUCCGGUUUGAAUUCAGACCCGGACUCACUUUUAUACUCACGUGGAUCUUUUCUAAUGGAAUGUCAUCGUUAUAAACUCGGUUCCUGAGCGUUCGGGUUGUUUGUGGCGGAUAUUUGCUCCAGCACGCGCCCGGUGAUGGUCGCACAUAGAGAACCGGAGGAGCGGCUAUGAUUUAUGCGCUCGUGCGCUAAUCCUGGAGUGCCAACUCAUCAGAGUGCGACACACCCGUAAGAUAACCAGACAUGACCUCACCUGAACAACUAGAUAUGGAACUCAUGACCCCUCUGAUGGAGGAGGCAGGCAGUGAGGAAGAGGACGAAGAUGACGAUCACAAGCAAAAGUCACAAGGCAUCACGUUUACUCAGACUUUACUGCAUCUUCUAAAGGGGAAUAUCGGCACUGGACUGCUCGGUCUUCCCUUAGCAGUGAAGAAUGCUGGGAUAGUGCUCGGUCCGGUUAGUCUGGUGUUGAUGGGUGUGGUUUGUGUUCACUGCAUGCACAUCCUGGUCACUUGCAGCCAUCAGCUCAGCGAACGGUUUAAACGUCCUCCUCUCGGUUAUAGUGACACAGUCGCUGUUGCUAUGGAGAUGAGUUCGUCCCAGUGCCUGAGGAAAGGUGCUCAUUUUGGAAGACAGUUAGUGAAUUUCUUCCUGGUUUUGACCCAGCUGGGCUUCUGUAGCGUAUACUUUGUGUUCCUGGCAGAAAAUAUCAAACAGGUAAUGGAAGGUGCUAGUUCAAACACAUCUAUGGAGACUGUGAUGUUAUACUCCAAUAGCUCUGAGGAGGGCGCCAUGUCUUCGGAUCCACCUUCUGUCGCCAUGGUGAUGGGGCUGGACCUGCGGCUAUAUAUGGUCUUCCUCCUUCCGUUCAUUAUCGUCCUGACCUUCAUCAGAGACCUGAGGAACAUGGCCGCUCUCUCCGCCAUAGCCAACCUGUGCAUGGCGGUCAGCAUCAUUCUGAUCUUCACAUACAUCCUUAAUGAUUUAACUGAUCCCAGACAACUGCCGUAUGCUUCCACAUGGCGGAAAUAUCCUUUCUUCUUUGGAACGGCCAUCUUUGCUUUUGAGGGAAUUGGAGUGGUUCUUCCUUUAGAAAAUCAAAUGAAGGAUCCAAAACGCUUCCCGCAAGCUCUCAACAUUGGCACGGCUGUGAUGAUAGUUUUGUAUGUAACCCUGGCGACGAUGGGGUAUCUUCGGUUUGGAGAUGAGAUCAAAGGAAGCAUCACGCUUAACCUUCCACACGGCUCUUGGUCCAAUCAGCUGGUGAAGAUCUUGUACUCAUUCGGUGUGUUCGUGAGUUACGCGGUGCAGUUUUUUGUGCCGGCUGAAAUUCUGAUUCCACCCGUGUGCGAGCGGGUCAGAAAGACCUGGAGACGGGCGGUUGAUCUCGGUCUUCGUGCACUGCUCGUCUGCCUCACAUGUGUAACGGCUGUCCUGAUACCUCGGUUAGACCUUGUGAUCUCAUUGGUGGGUGCAGUGAGCAGCUCGGCGCUGGCGCUCGUCUUUCCUCCCCUGGUGGAGCUCAUCGCGUUCCCUAGCCAACCCCCUCCUCCUUUUCUCCUCCUCAAAGAUCUCUCCAUCGCUGCCUUGGGCUUUAUCGGCUUCCUGACAGGAACCUACGUGACGGUGGAGGAGCUCAUUUAUCCAGACGAUCAAGGACAGGUCCAUCUCCGUGACGAUGGGAACUGGACCGCACUUACUACCUUACUGCCCUAAUGACCAUAAACGGAGGACCAAUCCAACAUUUGAGGAUCACUUUGAACACAAUAGGGUGUAACAGUGUUGCACAAACACACAUCCUGUAGGAAGUGUAUGAUUUGAGGUUUAGGACCAACAGCCUGUCCGUGUCCUAUAGAGGUUGAGCCUUUUUUAUCGCUCAAUUAUUUUUUUUUUGACAAACACGACAGGUGCGUUGAAUUGCAUACGUGGUUAAGUGAAUGAUGGCGUGUGGGAAAUAUUUUCUCAACGCAGGCAUACGGACUUUUCAUGACUCUCUAGGAGCAUUAUGGGAGAACGGGAGAGAAAUAUUGCACACUAUAAUAUAGACCCUGAAGAAUGUACAUAUAUUUGCUGACUUCAGAGUUAUUAAUAAACUAAUAUUUUCUCUGGA